AUGACGGAUCAGGAGAGUCUUGAAGAUGUUGGGAUGAUCCCAGCUGAGAAAGUAACAAAAGAUCUACAUCGAGUGAUAAUUAAUGAUGACCUUAAGAAAUUAUUUUUUGUCGAUACAAGUCUUAGCGCAGCCGAGUUGCAAGAGCUGAUUUCUUUUCUCCUUGGCAGCAUCAAUGUUUUUGCAUGGUCACCUUAUGACAUGCCAAGAGUAGACCCAACCAUUACUAUGCAUAGCUUGAAUGUUGACACCAAAGCUAAGCCAAUCGUUCAGAGAAGUUAUUGUUCAGCUGUUGAACAUACCGUGGCCAUAAUUAACGAAGUUGACAAGCUAUUAGAAGCUGGAGCAAUUUGGGAAAUUACCUAUCCCACGUGGUUGUCUAAAACUGUUGUGUUAGAGAAGAAGACCAGGUCAUGCUUCUCUCUAUUGUUUGUCAUUAAAGCAUGCACCCAAAAGUCCUUACUCAUUGAAGGGAAACAAAUCCAUGCCCUUGUCAUAAACCUUGGCUUUGAACCCAUCAUUCAUCUCCAAACCUCACUCAUUGACUUGUAUUCUGGUGUGGGAGAUAUUAGCAAUGCACACCACGUGUUUGAUGAAAUACCCAUUAAAAAUGUUGUCUGUUGGACUGCUUUGAUUUCUGGGUAUGUUGAUAACCAGAAACCCAACAAAGCUCUUCAACUGUUUAGGAAAAUGCAGAUGGUUAAUGUAGAGCCUGAUCGAGUUACGUUGACUGUUGCUCUCUCUGCUUGUGUCGAUGUUGGAGCUUUGGAUAUGGGAGAAUGGAUUCACGGUUAUGUUCGUAGAAAAAAAGAACUCGAUAUUGACUUGUGCCUAAACAAUGCUCUCAUAAACAUGUAUGCAAAAUGCAGGGACAUUGAAAUUGCUAGGAGGUUGUUGAUAGCGCGAGGAAAAAAGACGUCACGACUUGGACAUCCAUGA